ACUUGAUUCACUCCUGUGCACUUGACCUUCUAGCACUUUAAUCUCACUGUUUCUUUUUUGUUUGUUUUUCAUGUUUUUCAUUUAUUUAUAACUCCAGAUCUGCUGUAAUACAUGUGCUUGGGCCACCUGCCGCUAACCUUGACGACCUCAGUAAAGACCUCAGUCUGGCAGUAUGACCUCUCCUUAUGCAGCAGUACAGUUCUGCCCAGAGCGAGCCUUUCAACGAUUGAGAGAACCAGCAGCAGCCCGUCUCUCAUGGGCUGAAGGUUCUUUCCUGGCCUCCAUGUCACAGGGCCAGGGCUCUCAGGGUACAGAUAUCCUCGGACAAGACGUCCUCAACCAGCUGCUGGAGAUGCUGGACCAGUCUGCGCUACAUUCAAUGCAGCCUAUCGAGUUCAACUUCUCUGAGGGCUCUUCAGUCGGAUCGGCAUCCAAUACAAUACAGAUUAGCAUGGACUGCAUCACGAUGCGUGGGCCUGAGGAGACCCUUACACCUCAGUAUACAAGCCUGGGGCUUCUCAACAGCAUGGAUCAAAAUGGUGGCUCCACCUCCACCAGCCCCUACAACAACGAGCAUGCUCAGAACAAUGUAACGGCACCAUCACCCUACGCCCAGCCCAGUUCCACCUUCGAAGCCCUGUCUCCAUCACCUGCCAUCCCAUCCAACACAGACUAUGCUGGCCCACACACCUUUGAUGUGUCCUUUCAACAGUCCAGCACAGCCAAAUCAGCCACCUGGACGUACUCGACAGAACUGAAGAAGCUGUACUGUCAGAUCGCCAAAACGUGUCCCAUUCAAAUCAAGGUCCUUACCAACCCACCCCAGGGUGCAGUCUUACGGGCCAUGCCUGUCUAUAAGAAAGCGGAGCAUGUUACCGAGGUGGUCAAACGAUGCCCGAACCAUGAACUGAGCAGAGAGUUCAAUGACGGCCAGAUAGCCCCGCCCAGUCACCUGAUUAGGGUUGAGGGGAACAGUCAUGCUCAAUAUGUGGAGGAUUCCAUUACUGGGCGUCAGAGUGUGCUGGUGCCUUAUGAGCCCCCUCAGGUGGGCACAGAGUUCACAACCGUCCUGUACAAUUUCAUGUGUAACUCCAGCUGUGUCGGUGGAAUGAACAGACGUCCUAUUCUCAUAAUCGUCACUUUGGAAACCAGAGAUGGUCAGGUUUUGGGCCGACGGUGUUUUGAGGCUCGUAUCUGUGCGUGCCCUGGACGUGACCGCAAAGCUGACGAGGACAGCAUUCGUAAACAGCAUGUCAGCGAUGGCUCAAAGAGCAGUGAGGGUACGAAACGCCCUUUCCGUCAGACCCCUCACCUCUCUCAGCUAAACUCCAUCAAGAAGCGAAGAUCCACCGAUGAGGAAGUGUUUUGUCUGCCUAUUAAAGGCCGUGAAAUCUAUGAGAUUUUGGUGAAAAUCAAAGAGUCUUUGGAACUUAUGCAGUUCCUCCCUCAGCAGACUAUUGAGUCAUACAGACAGCAACAGCAGAACCUACUGCAGAAACAGAACUCUCUGCCACCCCAGCCUGCCUUUGGUUCCAGCUCACCCACCCUCUGCAAGAACAAACUGCCUUCAGUCAGUCAGCUCAUCAACCCCCAACAACGCAACACACUCACCCCAUCCAGCAUGACUGGAGGACUAACUGACAGUUUAUUACAGUCUCAACCCUUUCCCCUCCCUUCAGUGACCCCUCCCAUGAUGGGCGGCCCGGUUCACAUGAACACGGACAUGAACGCCCUGAGCCCCACCAACCCCCUGCAGUCUCAGUUACAAAUGGUGCCCUCUCACUGCACACCUCCGCCACCCUACCCCAUGGAUAACAGCAUUUCCAGCUUCCUGUUGAGACUGGGCUGCUCAGCCUGUUUGGACUAUUUCACAGCCCAAGGAUUGACCAAUAUCUACCAGAUUGAGAACUACAAUUUAGAGGACUUGUCUAGGCUGAAGAUUCCCACAGAAUUCCAGCACAUCAUCUGGAAAGGAAUCAUGGAGUACCGGCAGACCAUGGAGUUUUCUCCACCUCCCCACAUCUUGCGCACCUCUAGCGGGACAUCCACCGUCAGCGUGGGCCCCACUGAAGCCCGAGGCGAGCGUGUGAUCGAUGCAGUGCGUUUCACUCUCCGUCAGACCAUUUCAUUUCCUCCACGAGACGACUGGACCGAUUUCUCUUUCGACCUGGCUCCAGAUUCCCGCCGCAACAAGCAACAGCGCAUCAAGGAGGAGGGAGAAUGAACGCGGCGCAUCCCAGUUCACAACGAUAUACAUACACACAACCAUGCACAUAAACACUCACACGCUCUGUUUUAUUAACACACUUGGUGUUGGUCCAGAUCGUUUCACAGUUUUCCUCUGCAAGUGACGUAAAAAAAAAUAAAAAAAUAAAUCUAGUUCACUUAAACUUAAAUGGGCAGAUAAAAUGCACUUAAAGUCCUUUAUGGUUUCACUUUCUUCUGGUGGAUUUAGCUUUGGUUAUCAUUUCAAGCCCCUUAAUUGAAUGCAAACAGCAAUAGCGGAGGGGAAAUGGUGCUUUGCUAAAUUGUAAUUUUUUACUGUUUCUUGAGACCAAGCACUUAAGAAAUACUGACAUGUUCUUACUAUUCACAAACUACACACUGAACUUUUGGGGUUUCUUUCUUUUUUUUUUUUUUUUUGUUACAUGGCCAAAGGUGUAUUUCUGUUUUGUUUUGGUUUUUUUCCUCCCAGCAGGAGCUUUAGUGUUAAUUGUAUUCUUUGUUGUGACGAUCAUUCCUUGCAGGCGAACAGUCUCAUUUUUGUAUGUACUUCAAAUCGAAAUCGCACAUGGUUCUUUUCUCUUUUUUUUUUAUGCUCGCAGAAAGUGUUAUUCGUUCGUUUUCACUCGUGGUGUAAGACUGAUGUUGUCAUGUAGCCUUUAUGUAAUACUGUAAACCCUUCUUUGUAUCUUUCAUUUGUGAGUUGCAGACACUCUCAGUACUAUCGAAUUGCAGUAAGUAUUGAAUUGCUUCUGACGGUUGUGAUGCUGUCGGCAGUCUGACAUGCUGUUUACUGGCCUCUAAAAGUAUAAAAGAGAUUUACACUGGUACAAUGCCAAUGUAAUGUGGCUUCAGUAUUUUUUUUUAAACAGAUUUCCAAUUCUCUUGAUACUUGUUAGCCCUCUGUGGUAAUGUUGUACAGAUUUUUUUGUAUUACGCGUUCAUGUGACAACGGAGUAAACGAUUCUUUAUCAAACGAUUAUGGAAUUAUUGUAAAUAUGUUGCAAUGUACUUAUUUUGAUAUAAACCAAAUAAAAAAAAUAUCAUUUAA